CCAUCGAUAACAAAAUUGACUUUCUGGCAGCCCUAAUGGAGCAUGUCUCACAGAGUUGGCACUUGUUGGCGGUGGUACUGUUAUUGACGUUGUUCUUAUCGCACCAUGACCAAAGCGACGCAGCGGCACCAAACACAACUAGCACAAAUGCCAACACAGAUCCGCAAAGGAUCGUAAAAAAGGAUCAGGCUCCACCACUGUCUCCGGCACAAGACACUGCCGUGCAACAGACUUCAGCAGAGUCUUCGGUUCCAGAAAAAGUAGUCGUCAUUAGUGAAAAACCUCAGCAGGCGGCGGCACCAGUUAUACGGCAACAUGAACAUCCAACAGGCGUGCUGCCCGAAGAGGAUGUGCACAUUGAGCAUUCUAAUAUGAAUGACAACACAGAUUUUCCGGAUACAUACGCAGCUGUGUUUUAUAUACUGGUGGGCAUUACAAGCUCGGCCAUUUUGGUGCUGGUUGUACGUGUAUAUCGUCUGCGCUUAUCGCGCGCUGAGCGCAAAUACGGCGUGCAGGGGGAUCGCGCCAAUCAGGAGCUGACACCACUGCCCAUGGCCAUUGAAGAUGUGAAUAGCGACGAGGAGGAGGAUCACACACUGUUCGAGGUGAAUCGGCAGAGCAUACGCAUAUUAUGAAAUCCAACCAAGAUAUAGGACCAAAUCAGGCCAAAGGUCUGUUUGGGAUACAGCACCACGAUUCUCAUUUAAGGAAUAUGCCUUCUCGGUUGCUUACUGUGUAUCAAUUGUAAUUGUAAUUUUUUUCUAGUGUAUCGUAGUUACUAACAAUGCCUAACAGUUGAAUUGCCUUAUACGGUAACAUAAGAAUUUUGUGCAUUUUCUCAAAAAACAAAACAAA